GAGAGUAGCCUGAUCUCAUCAGAGCUUGGAGGAUUUGGCAGACUGCAAACUGAUGACCUUCCCAAUUGCCCUUUACAAAGUCAUGAGGCAUGUCACUGAAGGGAUACAUCGCAUCACUUUGGCUAACAAUGAACUUAAGUCUGUGACAAGCAAAUUCCUCACCACCUUUAACCAGCUUCGAGAACUGGAUCUGGAAGGGAAUUACAUCCACCGCCUGCCAACAGAGGUUGAAACCCUUUUACAUCUGAGAGUCAUCAACCUUUCUAGAAACAAAUUUCAGCACUUUCCAGAGCAGCUGACUUCUUUGAAGGCUCUUGAAACCAUCAAUUUAGAAGAAAAUGAGAUUGUGGAGGUUCCUGUUGAGAAGCUGGCCUCAAUGGAGUCUCUCCAGAGUGUGAACCUGAAGUCCAACCCCCUCAGCGAGGAGGUCCUGGUGAUUGCCCGGCCACUGAUUAAGUUUGACCUCUUGAUGUCUCCUGCCGUUGCCCAUGUCUGAAGGGCAGAGGACUCGGAGGCGGAGCCGCAAGGGGAUUGCUGUUUGGUUGUAGUUUUGAGGGGAGUGGGAAUGUGGUGUGUGCUGAUCUAGGAGAAUCCUGCCAGAUUUCCCCGGCUGCAUUGCUCCUGUACGUAUGAGGCUUCAUGAGCUUGCAAAGAGGCAGGAGGCAUGAUUUUUUUGCCAAAGGGCAGCGGUUCUUUACUGAAACGGAUCUCUGUUAAGCUGUCAGCAAAUUGAAAAAUUGUAAUGCCUACUCCGCCCUCCCCAAAAAGUGAAUACAUUUUAACUGUUAGGGAAGAAUAACUUCUUUAAGACAGACAACUGUAUAUCUCAUCUGGUACUGCAAAGGUAUGAAUGGAAUACAACAGGGCAGUGGUGGGAUUCAGCAGGUUCGCACCACUUCGGCAGAACCGGUUGUUAAAAUGGUGCUUGUAAACAGCCAGUUGUUAAAUUGUUUGAAUCCCACCACCGGAACCGGUUGUUAAAUUAUUUGAAUCCCACCAGUCCAGCAGGGGAUUCCAACACAGUGCCCUCGGGCCCCAUGGCCCCAACCAGGACCUUUCUUAGCACCUGCCAAGUGCUUUUAGAAAGUGGGUGGGGCUAUGUGGGCUUUUUGCCCAGCAGGACUUCUGAUUGGCUGUGCAGAUUAAAAUAACAUCCUAUUAAACCAAGCUUCUGAAAUGUUGAAGAGAUAUUAUUAGAGUUAGAACUGGGGACCCCUGGAAUUCAGCAUUUCCCAUGCCAGGAGUCUAUGACUUAGGAUAGCAGUGGCUAGCUGGAUGCCUGGGAGAUGGCCAGUCACUUUUGGUAACCUCGUUUCACCCAACCUAGCAAACUGGAAUCAAGAGUUUUGCUUGCAGUUUCACUUGCGAUAAAAAGACAGCUGACUUCAAAAGUUGUUGCGAGAGGGACAGAGAUACCGCAUCUGUCUUCUCGUUUUGUAUGUAAAAGUCCAGACAAUAGGUACGCUUUGGUUUUUUAUUAUAAUGCCUGAUGAUUAUUGACAGGAAUAUCAAAUUGUGUGACAAAAUAUAUUUCUGGACUCCAUACCAUUGUCUAAAAAAUAGAAUGAAUCUUGAUUGGCUAGAAAGACACAAUCCUGAUUUUGGGAUUUCGUAAACAUGAGUCCUUUCAAAGUAAAUCCUUCUGACAAAUUCCAUGGUGCAUGAACAGAUGUUGCCUGAAAUUGGUUGCAUUUCAGUCUGCCCUUGAUUCUUAUUCAUUGGCUUCUAGUUCCAGUUCCAUGUGAAGACGUAAACUGCUGUCCAUGUUUAUAUAUUUUGAUCAUAUUAUCUCCUUUAGUCAGGACCUUCUGAAGAAGAAAGACUCUGAUUUUUGUAGACAAGUUGAAUGAAAGAGCCCCUAACAGCUUUUGCUAUCCUUCCUUACAUUUUGUACUUCUAACUUGUAUUCUUUAUUGUGAUGGGGCAAUCCAAAUUGUAUGUGGCAUUGUAUUUAAAGUUUAGCAUGCAAUUGAUUUGGGGGGGCAACACAGACUUGUUCUAAUAAACCGAACAAACAAAAA